AGUGAAUGUUUGUAUUUUUCUAUGAAAGUUGUGAAAAAUGAAAAUCAAAGUUGACGAGAAUUAAAAAACGCAGUAAAAGAAAGUGGUUAUGUGAGGCAUAUAAAUAAGAGGUGUGGGAGCAGACAGAAGAGACAGAGGCAGCGUGUAGUGUUUUUAUAUGAUCUCUGCAACCAAACUAGUGUUGUUGAAUCUCACAAAACACAAACCCAACAACAUCAAUACACCAAAACGCCAAAUUUAUUCUCAUUUUCUGAGAAAUAUAAUGUCUCUAACCGCUCAAUCCACGGCCUUCCAACACCCCAGAUUGGUAGCCAAGAAACUCUUGGCCAAGCCCCAGAGCGAGGGAGAAGGUGCAGUUGUCAGAAGAAGCAUCGGAAGGCCCGAGUUCAAGUCCCUGGAUCCUUUCCUCUUGCUGGAUGAAUUUUCUGUUUCACCGCCUGCUGGAUUCCCUGAUCAUCCCCACCGCGGGUUUGAGACUGUUACAUACGUGUUACAGGGAGGCAUCACACAUCAAGAUUUUGCUGGUCACAAGGGUACAAUACAUGCCGGUGAAGUGCAGUGGAUGACUGCAGGGAGGGGUAUAGUCCACUCAGAAAUGCCUGCAGGAGAAGGUACUCACACAGGCCUGCAACUGUGGAUCAAUCUCUCUUCCAAUGAUAAGAUGAUUGAGCCUAGAUAUCAAGAAUUGCUGAGAGAUGACAUCCCAAAUGCAGAGGAAGACGGUGUUGAAGUUCGAGUGAUUGCAGGGGAGUCGAUGGGCGUUCACUCCCCGGUUUACACGCGAACCCCAACAAUGUACCUCGAUUUCACCCUACAACACAACUCUCAGCAUCAUCAGAGGAUCCCAGAGUCAUGGAACGCAUUUGCAUACAUUAUUGAAGGGGAAGGGGUGUUUGGGAUACCUAACUCGCCUCCCGUGUCAGCUCACCAUAUCUUGGUUUUGGGGCCGGGCGAGGGGCUAAGCGUAUGGAACAAGUCGGCCAAGCCACUGAGGUUCAUCUUGGUGGGUGGUGAGCCACUCAAUGAGCCAGUGGUUCAGCAUGGCCCCUUUGUCAUGAACACACAAGCCGAAAUCGAGAAAACCAUUGAGGACUACUACUAUGGCAACAAUGGCUUUGAGAUGGCAAGAAACUGGAGGUCUAAAUGACUGCUGCUGCAACAACUAAGUCAAAUUAAUUAGGUGAUAUCCAAAAAAAAAAAAAAAAGUUGUAAAGUUUCUGUCACUAGCAAUCUCAAUCUUCACCAACACAUUCACACACACAAACACACCAUCAUCAUUGGUUCAAGAUUUUAUCAUAGUAAUGGGGACAGAAAGCUUCUAGAAGCUUAGAAAAUAUGCAGCACUGAGAUACUAUGUUUGAUAGCUGAGGUGAUCAUGAUGGGGUCAGCUUGCUUCUAGAACUUGUUGAUUCUUGUAUUGUUUUUUCUUUUGGUUGUGUAAUUAGUUUUGAGAUUUACAAGUUUAUUCUUGUCGGAAUAAGAUCUUCUAAUAAAUUGCAUUAA